CAUAUUAAAAUAAAAUGAAAAACAAUGGUGAAGGAUUACUUCGAACUGGUUAAAUUAUGUGAUGUAUGUUUAACCGAAAUCAGACUAGUAAUUUUAAAGUUUUACAGUUAUUUUAGGAUAUUAUCGUGCAAUAAUCGAACACGAUUCGAUUUUUAUUAAUCGAUUCAUUAGCUGGCUGGCUUAAAAUAAAUAUACCUAUUCAAAAUGAAACAAAUUUUCUAUAAGACUUUUUUUCAAAUAUUGAAGUUACAUUGAGUGUCACAGAAAAUUAAGUUUAUAAUUCCAUAUUUUUAUUGUACGAAAUAUGAAUCUCCUCGCUCGAAUGCGGAUUAUUCCGCGUUAUGUCAUGACUACCAAGCCCAUGGCUCGUGCGAUAUCCACGACCCCCUACUUGCGAGAAUCAGCGUCCCUUACAAAAUUGAGAAAGUUACAAGCAGACUUUCAAUGUGAAGAUGGCAUACCAAUCUGGCUGAAACGAGGCUUUACCGAUAGACUCCUGUACACCUCCACCAUUGUGGGCUGUGGCCUUGGCCUCUUUCUAGUCAUCCUGACCAUAUACGAUCAUGCUAAGCCUGAAAGCUGGAAAGUCAAGUGACCAAUUUUAUUAUCUUACAAUUCAAUCGUUUUUUUUACUUCAGUUUUGAAGUCAGAAUUUUAAUUAUAAUGUUGAUUAUUUAUGUUACUUUAUUUGAUAAAGUUUGGAGGGCAGAUAGCUCCAUGUUCUUAUGUGGUACAAUUGCAAUUUCCCAGUAUGUCCUACAAUUUAACUAAGUUACAGAAUGUAUGGAUUUCUGUAUAAUUUUGCACACUUUUUUUGUGGAACAUGUAAUUUUAAUUGUAUCUUUAUAUACAGAAUGAAAAUUCUACUUUAAAUAACCUGAUAUAAAAAAUCAACAUUAAUAUAAAAAUUACUGUUCAAACUUGUUUUUGUUAAAUUAUUAGUAAAAUAAAACUUUUUAACAAUAAA